ACAACAUUUCACCUUUGAUAGGUAGUAUAUGUGUAUUAUAUUUACACACAUAGUAAACGAUACAUUAAUAUUAUCACAUUGAUGUACAACGGUCAUAACGAAUUCGACAUAUAGCGUUUGGAUAAGGAACAGGUACUUCCGUUUAUCACUUAUUCACUUCCAUUGCCUACUUAUUUUGGUAUGCCUGUCACUAAAGAAGAAUACGGUCACACUGCAAACAAUCAACUGGUAGAACAGUAUACAUUGAGCAAUGUGAACGGACUGGUUGCUAAGAUCAUCAACUAUGGUGCUGCUAUAACCGAGCUUUGGAUACCUGAUAAGAAUGGAAAGAUAGAUGACGUUGUCUUGGGCUGGCCUGACAUCAAAGGAUAUGAGAGCAAUUCCCCUUAUUUUGGUGUUAUCGUUGGUCGUGUUGCAAACCGGAUAGCUAAUGGACAGUUCUCCUUGGAUGGUGUUGCUUAUCAGCUAGAGAUUAAUAAUGGUCCAAACCAUAUCCAUGGAGGUGUAAGCAGUUUCUCACAUCGAGUGUGGGAUGUGGGUCACAUCAAUGGAAAUGGUGUAUCUUUCAGCUACACAAGCCCCGAUGGUGAAAAUAGUUAUCCAGGCGAAGUAACUAUCACCAUCAAUUAUCAACUCACCAAUGAUAAUAAGCUAAUCAUGUCGUACGCUGCAAAGACAACAAAAGCCACGCCCAUCAAUCUCACCAACCAUUCCUACUUCAACCUUGGGGGUCACGAUUCUGGCAGUGUCCUCGAUCAUAUAGUUGAGAUUGAUUCUGAUAAAUACACACCUAUAGAGAAGGAAACUUCUAUACCAACAGGGGAGAUCAGUUGUGUUGAUAAUACGGUUUUUGACCUGCGAAGUCCAACCAGACUUAAGGAUAAAAUCAAAGAUGUUCCAGGACUAGGAUAUGACCAUAACUUCUGUGUGAAAUCUUCAGAAAGACCUUGUGCCACAGUAACUUACAAGGAAAGUGGUCGCAAGAUGAAGGUUUAUACGACCAAACCUGGUAUUCAGUUCUACACUGCAAACUACUUGAAUGAUUCUACCAUGGGAAAGCAUGAGGCGGUCUAUCCUAAACACAGCGCCCUCUGUCUGGAAUCUCAAUUUUAUCCAAAUUCAGUGAACCAGGUUUAAACUUUACUUAUACCUCAGUCACAUUUUCCAUACGACGACCUACGCCCAACUUUCCAAGUUGCAUAUUACAUCCUGGGGACACAUAUAAACAUGAAACUACCUAUGCCUUUUCUUGGAACUAGAAGAACACAGCUUAAAUAAUAGGAUCUUACAUCUUUUUUGUAUAACUUUAAGCCUACUUCCUAGGUAUGAUUUCCAAGGUAUGAAUUACUGGAGACCCUACUAUAAAUAAUUUCAUAUUUAUUUUUCAAUAAUUUGAUAAUUUGGAAACAUUUUACACCUGCAUGAAUGAUACUAAAUAUCUGCAAUAAUUUUUUGGGCAGAAAGGAGUAUUUUAUUAUAAAAAAACAAUAUCUUAAAUCUACCUCAUCUGAUUACAGACUUUACUUGUUUAACAAUAUAAAAAUGGGGAAGAAACAUUAUUCCAUAACUUGAAUAUUGAUUUUGGCAUUUGGUGAAUCAUUGAGAGAGAAGGGGUGGUGGUGCUGGUAAAUACUGAAUGACAUUUUAUGAAAAUAAUGUAGGGGAUCUAUGAAUCUGUUCCAUAUACAUGGAUAAAGUUACACUUUAAAUGAAUAAUUUUAUUCCGAAAAAUUUGAAUAGCAACAACACCUGUUUGAAGGUGGUAUAUUUACAGGAUAUGAAAAAUUUAAAUAAAUUGAAAAUUUAAAAUGGAGAUUAACUAGAGUAGGCUGAUGGAAUAUCAAAGGAACAGUAUAAAUGAAUUCAUCAAUAAAUACAAACAAGAACCAAUAUGAUGUAAAUUUAAUGGAAUAAAUUGUAUUUCAAUCAAAGAAUAGAUUUAUAACAUAUGUACAAAUAUUAUCAGGUGAAACCUAUGAUUUCAGAUUUGAUAACACAAUACAAUAACAAAGAUUAGGAUAUGACAUAAAACUUCCAGUCAUUGAAAGUAGUUCUUGAUAAGUAUUAUUUACUCUCUACUGUUGUCCAUUAUAAAGAUCUCUGUAGAUGUCUGUCAUACAAAUCACUAGUUUGGCACUGAAUUUACAAACAAGUAGUAAUUAACUUGUAUUAAUUAAGUUUUUAAGUUUCAAAACUGGAAUUCUCAACUGAUCAUAACUGGUUUCAAGUGAUAUUGAAAUUCAAAAUGUAUAUGUAUUUCUAGGGAAUGGGGAUACAUUUGGAAUUGAAUCCCGUUAUAAUAUAAAUUAUGACAACACUGAUGAAUGGAAUAAUGAUUGCUAUACACAGAUUCCAUUUAGAAUAUAAUUCUAAAUAAUUCAGAAAAAAAUCUGAAAAACUGUUAUCUAAGGGAAUAAAACAAACAAAUUGAAACAUA